CCCACGCAGGACGGCAUUCAGCUCUUCAAGUUCACCCACGCGCUGUACAAUGUGUCGAUUCCGGAGAACAGCGCCGGGCGCACGUUCGUCCAGCAGCCCACGGACGAGGCGCGCAUGGGGGUGCACUGGAUGCCGGGUCACGAGGUGAAGUACCGCAUCGUGGGCGGGGACAAGGAGAAGGUCUUCAAGGUUGAGGAGCGGAUUGUUGGUGACUUUGCCUUUCUCACGGUGCGCACACGAACGGGAAAUGUGGUGCUGAAUAGAGAGAAGACGGAUGAGUACAACCUGGAUGUCCGGGUGACGGUGACACAGCGGCGCUCGGCGACAAAGGCAAUCUACGAGGAUGACACGCGUGUCCACAUUCGCGUCCUGGAUACAAAUGAUCUCAAUCCCCUCUUCUAUCCCACCGAGUACUCGGCCACGGUGCCGGAGGAUUGUGCGCUUCACCGCAGCAUUGUGCGCGUGGUGGCGGAAGAUGCGGAUCUGGGCAUCAACGGUGAGAUCUACUACAGCCUCUUGGAGCCGCUGGCCACGGAGCAGUUCGCUGUGCACCCCACGAGUGGCGUUCUGUCGCUGACGCGACCGCUUAAUUUUGCGGAGAGGUCCUUUCAUGAGCUCAUCGUGAUUGCCACGGACAGGGGUGGGGGCGUCACCACCAGGGCGACAGCCACCCACGCCAGCAAAGCCAGAGUUCACAUCAAAGUGAAGCAGGUGAAUCUCUACCCGCCGACAAUCUACACUCAGGCUUUGCCUGAGAUCGUCGAGGACUCCAAUGCUCACAUCUUUGGUAUCGUGCGCGUGGAGGACAUGGAUAAGGGCAUCCAUGGCAGGAUUAAGAGUCUGGAUAUUGUGGAUGGCGAUCCGAAUGGACACUUUCGUAUACGACCGACAAAGAGACACGGUGAGUACAACAUUGAGGUGCAUCAGUUGCUGGACAGAGAAGCCACGCCGCAAGGCUACAAUCUGACUCUGAGGGCUGUGGAUUGGGGCAUUCCUCCGAGGCAGAGCUACAAAGUCGUGCCCGUGCACUUGGCGGACGCCAAUGACAACGUGCCAGUGUUCAGCCGGGAGAUUUACGAGGUGAGUGUGCCAGAAUCCUCACCGCCAAACACACCCAUUAUUCGCCUGAAGGUAUCCGACCGUGAUGUUGGGAAGAAUGCCCAGGUGUUCCUGGAGAUUGUUGGUGGAAAUGAGGGUGGAGAGUUCAGGGUGAAUCCCGACACGGGAAUGCUUUACACGGCCGUUCCGUUGGACACAGAAACCAAGAGUUUCUACACACUGACCGUGUCUGCCAUUGAUCAGGGCAAUAGUGGCACACGAAAGCAAUCAUCGGCGAAGGUGAAGAUCAACGUGGCGGACAUAAAUGACAAUGAUCCGGUGUUCGAGGGGACAAACUCGACAAUAUUUGUGGAUGAGAAUGAACCCGCGGGCACAACAGUGACGAAAGUGACAGCAAAGGAUCGUGAUGCCGGCGAGAAUGCUUACAUUUCCUAUAGCAUAGCCAAUCUCAAUGAUGUUCCCUUCGACAUUGAUCACUUCUCAGGUGUUGUGCGAACAUCUAAAUUAAUCGAUUAUGAAUCCAUGCGACGACAGUAUGUGUUGAGAGUGAGAGCCUCUGACUGGGGCCUUCCGUAUCGGCGUCAAACGGAGAUGCAGCUGCACAUUCGGAUCAGGGAUGUGAAUGACAAUCGACCGCAGUUCGAGAAGGUGGAGUGCAGUGUUGAAGUCCUGCGAUCUGCGCCACUGGGAGCGGAGAUUUUCACCCUGUCGGCGAUUGACUUUGACGCAGGGAACAUGAUCAGCUAUCGAAUGGUGGCGGGAAAUGAAGAUGGUUGUUUCAAUCUUGAUAUGUCGUCGGGGGUGAUUUCUGUGGGGUGUGAUUUGACAGAGAUUGUCGCCCAGCGGCGAGAGAUUAACGUGACAGCCACUGAUGGGACUCACUUUGCCGAUGUCACGCGUGUUCACAUCAACAUUGUGCACAUGCGGAGGAGUUCGACUGGUGCAGAGUGCAGAGAGACUGGUGUGACUCGUCGACAGGCGGAAAUUCUGGCCGAGAGUGAGAGGAAUAACAUGCCGAGAACGGAUGUGAGUCACUCUGAGGAGUUUGUCGUGAUGCCCAGUCGAUAUGGUGAGAACAUUCACAGUCCGGAGUUUGUGGACUUUCCAUUUGAGGUGAGAGUGAAUGAGACUGCGGCUUUGGGCACGACCGUGGCGGUGAUCAGGGCUAGAGACAGAGAUCUCGGCUACAACGGGAAGCUGGUCUUUGGCAUAUCUGAUGGGGAUAAUGACUCUGUGUUUCGUCUGGAUCCUGACACGGGUGAACUGAAGAUUAUUGGGUAUCUGGACAGGGAGCGAGAGGAUGAAUAUGUGCUGAAUGUGACGGUGUAUGAUCUGGGUAAGCCUCAGAAGUCCGUGUCGAAGGUACUUCCAGUUACUGUCUUGGAUGAGAAUGACAAUGCACCCAAGUUCGAGAAGAGUCUCACAAGUUUCCGGAUUCCUGAGAAUGCGCUCAAUGGCACCAUUGUGAUUGCCCUGAAUGCCACGGAUGCGGACGCUGGCGAGAAUGGCAAGGUGCGAUAUGGUUUGGUGACGGAAACGAAGGACUUCAGGGUGGAUCCGGAGGCGGGAGUGGUGACUGUGAGUGGAACAUUGGACAGGGAGCGUCAGGAGGUGUAUGAAUUGCGUGUCAGGGCCACGGAUGGGGCGGAGCGGGGCGCCAGCCUCCACACGGAUGCCAUCGUGCGGAUCACAGUGGAGGAUAUAAAUGACAAUGCGCCAGUGUUCAGUGUCCCCGAGGGUUACACGGUGAGGGUGCGUGAGGACGUCCCCUGGGGCACUCUCGUGGUGGUGGUGACUGCCACGGACGCGGACGUGGGCGCCAGUGGUGAGGUGGGCUACAAGCUGCUGCUGGAUGAGGAGUCUGACGAGGUGCCGCCCUUCCGGAUCGAUGAAUUCUCGGGCGCGAUGCGCACCACCGGCAGUCUGGACUUCGAGGAGCGCCAAAUUCACACACUCACCGUGAGGGCAUUCGAUCGCGGCCAUCCAUCUCUGGCCGCGGACACUACAGUCACUGUGGAGAUUGUGGAUGUAAAUGAGAAUCGCCAGGCGCCGCAGUUUGAAGACUUCGUUCUCACUGGGCGCGUGAAGGAGAAUCAACCACUCGGCACUCACGUGAUGAUUGUACGGGCACGGGACGCCGAUCCACCUGGUCCCGACUCUAGAAUCACCUACAGUGUGCGCAGCGGAGAUGGUCUUGGCCUGUUCACCGUGGAUGCAGAAGGAAAUAUCCGGACGAUGGCGGUCUUUGAUGUGGAAUCAAAAUCGCACUAUUGGUUGACAAUAUGUGCCCAGGAUCACGGUGUUGUGCCGCUGCACACGUGCACCGAAGCCUUUAUUGAGAUUGAGAAUGAGAACGACAACGUUCCACUAACAGACGAGGUGGUGUACUACGCCUCAGUGGCCGAGGGCAGCUCCAGUGGUCUGAAGAUUGUUCAAUUGCACGCGACCGACCGUGAUGUGGAUCCAAUGAACAGAAUCACAUAUCGAAUUGUCGCUGGCAAUCCUGAGGGAUUUUUCACUAUAAAUAGUACAAAUGGAGUCAUAUCGACAACUGGCCGCAAAUUGGACAGGGAGAAUCAAUCUGAACAUAUCCUCGAGAUUAUGGUGCAGGACAAUGGGAGUCCUGAGUUGUCCUCGACGACAAGAGUUGUGAUCACAGUGGAUGACAUCAAUGACCACAGCCCGGAAUUUGAUCAGAAAUUCUACAAGGUGCAAAUUCCGGCAACGGCAAAAGUGGAGCAGAAACUAUUUCAGGUGCUGGCCAUCGACCGGGAUACCGGCGACAACGGCCGCGUGUCGUAUGCCAUCAAGUCGGGCAAGGGGAAGGCCAAGUUCCGGAUGGAUCAGGAGACGGGCAUCGUGUAUGCGGCAAAAAGUCUUGAUGUGGACACGGAGUUCGAUCUGCUGGUGCGUGCGGAGGACGCUGGGGUGCCGAAGAGGGCGCAAACGACGAGAGUGAGUGUUCUGGUGGUGGAUGUGCCUGUGGAAUCCCAGCACGCGCCCCACGUGAAGCACACUGAGCAGCACGUUGAGAUCACAGAGAGCGAUCAGCCUGGAUUUCUCGUCACUCUCGUGCAGGCAGCGGACGAGGAUGAUGAUAUCCUGUGGUAUGACAUCGUGUCGGGUGAUGAUCGCAAUGAGUUCUUCAUCGGUAGAGACAAUGGGAAUGUGCUGCUGGUGAAGAAGCUGGAUUGGGAACAACAGCGAGAGUAUAAUUUGACAAUCUCCGUCACGGAUGGCGUUCAUGUCACGCAUGCUUUCCUCUAUGUUACCGUGCUGGACAUCAAUGAUCACCGGCCGGAGUUCUCGCAGUCCGUGUACAGAGUGAAUGUGUCUGAGAGCGUGGAGGAUGGCACUGAGAUCCUUCAGCUGCAAGCCACAGAUGCCGAUGCAGACAAGAAACUAUUCUACAGCCUUCACGCCGCCCAGGAUCCGUCGUCACUUAAGAUGUUCAGAGUGGACGCCGUGACGGGUGGAGUUUUCCUGACACAGAAGCUGGACAGGGAGAUGCUGAAGGAGCAUGUGCUUGUAGUGAUUGUGCGCGAUCGCGGCACGCCGGCGAAGAAGAACUACGCUCGUGUGGAGAUCACAGUGAUGGACUACAAUGAUCAUGCCCCUGAGUUCACGACGCGCAUCGUGCAGGGAAAAGUGUUCGAGACGGCGAGCAUUGGAUCGAUGGUUGUUCAACUGUACGCCACGGAUCGCGAUCAAGGCGACAAUGCCAAGAUCACAUACUCGAUCGUGAGUGGGAACAUUGGGAGUGUCUUCACAGUGGAUGGACAAAUGGGAGUGAUUGCAGUGGCGAAGGAACUGGACAUGAACUCAGUGGCUGAAUACAUGCUUCAGGUAAAGGCGAGCGAUGGCGGUCAGCCAUCCUUGUCCACGCAGAUUCCGGUGCACAUAAUGGUGCACAUGGCGGACAAUGCUCCGCCGAAGUUCACGCGACACGACCUGGCGGCGGAGAUUUAUGAGAAUCAGCCGAUGGGGACGUUCGUGGGUCAAGUGGAGGCGCGGAGCACGUCGUCUGUGGUGUAUGAGAUUGUGGAGGGCAAUGCGAAUGACACAUUCUUUGUCAACCCGUCCACGGGUGUUGUCACGACGAAUUCCGGUGUGGACUAUGAGCAACAGAGGUUCUACAAUCUGACCAUUGAGGCCACAAAUAUGGCCUCCGUGGCAACGAGAUGUUCAUUAAUAGUGCAUGUGCUCGAUCGCAAUGACAAUGCCCCGCACUUCGAGCGGCACUUGUACAUGGGCAGCAUCUCCGAGGCGGCUUCAAUUGGCUCUCUGGUGCUCGUGAGUCUCGCCAAUGGCACAGCCAAUACCACAAUGGUGGAGAACAGUGAGCCACUUGUUAUCCGGGCAGUGGACGCCGACUCUGGUGUCAAUGCCUUCCUCCACUAUGACAUUGUGGAAGCCCUCCCGAGGCGCUUCUUCCACAUCGACUCCACCACAGGCGCCAUCAAGACUGUCAUGGUGCUGGACCACGAGAAGAUUCCCGCCUUCACGUUCCAUGUCAAGGUCAGUGAUUUGGGUGUGCCUCGUCUGUCGUCCGAGACGACGGCACGGGUGGAAAUCGCCGUGACGGAUGUGAAUGACUGCACGCCCGUCUUCGUCCAGAAGGAGUACAAUGUGACGCUGCUGCUGCCGACCUACACCAACAUCGCCGUGGUGCAAGUUCAGGCCACGGAUCGCGACACAGUGGCGGAUGCGCCGCAACUCACGUACGAGAUUAUUGAGGGCAACAAGGGUGACGUCUUCAGCAUCAAUGCCACGUCCGGUGUCAUCACGACACGCGAUGUUGAGCAGAUUGUGUCGCAGUAUCGCCUGAAGGUGCGCGUGUCCGACGGGAAGUUCAGCAAGACUGCCCUGGUGCAUGUGCAAGUGGAGACGUCGGAGAACUCUGGGCUCAUCUUCCAGCGCGCCUUCUACGAAGGCUCCAUCGUGGAGAACAGCACCAAGAUCGCCACUGUGACGGUGGUGAAUGUCUUGGGCACGAUUCUCAAUGAGCACAUCGAGUUCCGAAUCCUCAAUCCCACGGACAUGUUCAGGAUUGGCAUGACGUCGGGCGUGGUGGAGACGACGGGGGUGCGCUUUGAUCGCGAGGUGAGGGACAAGUAUGAGCUGAUUGUGGAGGCGCGCUCGCAGACGCUGGAGCGCGAGAGACCGCGCGUGGCUCACGUGGUGGUGAAUGUCACGGUUCUGGACGUGAAUGACAACUGUCCCAUGUUCGUCAAUCUGCCCUACUACGCUGUGGUGUCCGUGGAUGAUCCCAAGGGCUCUGUGAUUACCAAAGUGCAUGCUCUGGAUUUGGAUAGUCAGGAGAAUGGUGAAGUCAGGUACGAGAUGAAACGUGGCCAUGGAGAACUGUUUAAGGUGGACCGAAAGACGGGAGAAGUGACGCUGAAGCAGACACUCGAGGGACACAAUCGAGACUAUGAGCUCCUCAUUGCGGCUUACGAUGGUGGGAUUACGCCCUGCUUCACCGAUGUCACCGUACACGUUAAGGUGAUUGAUAAAUCCAUGCCGGUGUUCAGCAAGCAAUUCUACUCAGAUAGUGUGGCGGAAAAUGUUGAGCUCUACACGCCACUUUCGGUGUCAAUUCAGGCUGAGAGUCCUCUUGGGCGGAAAUUAAUCUACACGAUUGUCAAGGGGAAUGAAUUGGAGGAGUUUGCGCUGGAUUUCAACACAGGUGCCAUUUAUGUGGUGGACGAACUGGAUUUUGAGCAGCGUCAGAGCUAUGAGUUGACCAUUCGGGCGACGGACAGUGUUUCCGGGGCGUCCGCCGAGGUGCCUGCGUCCAUCCUCGUGACGGAUGUCAAUGAUUGUCCACCGGAGAUGGAUCAGGAUGUGUACAAUGUAACCGUGAGCGAGGGGGCGCCCUUCGGCACGGCGAUUUUGCGUGUGAGUGCCACAGACAGGGACACGGGUGUUAAUCAAGCUGUGAUGUUUGCCAUCGAGACAGACUCGAAGAACACCUCGGAGUUCUUCCAUAUGGACGCCACAGAGGGUGUGGUGUACCUGAAGAAAUCUCUAGACUUUGAGGCGCUGCGGGUGCAUCACUUUGUCGUGAUUGCCAUGGACAAGGGCGUGCCAAGCUUGAGCAGCACAUCUCAUGUGUGGAUCAAUGUGGCUGAUAUGAAUGAUAAUCCGCCGAGAUUCGAGCAGUCGUCGUACAGCUGCAGUCUUUCGGAGCACGCGAGUCGCGGGCAGUUUGUGACGAGUGUGACGGCGAGUGAUCCUGACCAUGUGGAUCACACGAGCCUGAUCUACACCAUAGCGCAGGGCAAUGAUCAGCAAACGUACACCAUCGAUCCGGACUGCGGGACAAUAAGUCUUGUGAAUAUGCAGAACUUUGCUGAGAAGCAACUCACGGUGCUGAACGUGUCCGUGACUGAUGGCGUGUACACGAGUUUCACGCGGGUGAAAGUGAACAUCCUGCCGGGGAAUCUGCACAGUCCCAGUUUUCAUCACCUCGUUCACGACGUGAAGGUGAAUGAGAAUCAGCUGGCGGGACGCUUGGUGGCUCGUGUGGUUGCGCAGGAUGAGGAUUUCGGGGAGUAUGGUCAGCUGACGUACAGCCUGCUCUCGGACGAGCUGGCGGAGUCGUUCGCGCUGGACCACGCCAAGGGGGAGAUUGUGACAAAGGUGCGGUUGGAUCGGGAGGCCAGGGAGAUUUACGAGAUGGUUGUGAUGGCGUCAGAUGGCGGCGGACGUGUGGGCUUCACCACAGUGCGUGUCCAUGUGGCGGAUGAGAAUGAUAAUGCGCCACUGUUUCACUUUCACGAGUACACAGCUUCCAUCCACGGCAAUCACACCAUCGGCAGUCCCUUCCUUCGCGUGCGCGCCACGGACUUGGAUGAGAACCAAAAUGCCGCCAUUCACUACAGCUUGUACGAUGCACAGAACACAGGUGUGAAGGACCUCUUCGGCGUGAAUGAGAACAGCGGAGAGCUCUUCCUCAAGCGUACUGCUCAUGAGUUUGAAAAUCAACUUUUUCAGUUCUUCAUACGCGCCUUCGAUGGCGGAGUGCCAUCCAUGCAUAAUGAUGUGCCCGUCAAUGUGUAUGUGAUGGCUCCCAGUGAUGUUGCGCCGAUGUUCGAGAAGAAGGAGAAGUCACUGUUCUUGUCCGAGACAGCGACGCCGGGAACUUUGAUAUCUCGUUUCCGACUGGUGGACAACUUGACGCACAGCUUCAGGAUUGUGUCGGGAGACAAGGAUGAUCCUCACUUCGCCAUCAACGAGGCAGGAGAGCUGAGAUUGGCGCGAUCUCUCGAUAGGGAGGAGAAGGAGGUUCACGCCAUUGGGAUUUUGGCGGAGACUGAUUCCAGUCCACCACUGACAGCACUCACGGAGAUUCAGUUGCACGUGCAGGAUGACAAUGACCAUGCGCCGGUGUUUGAGAGCAAUCCCUACGUGGUUACAGUGGCGGAGAACAGCGAGAAGGGAUCGACGAUCCUCAAGGUUACUGCCACAGAUCGAGAUUCGGGAUCCAAUGGAGAUGUGCGAUACUAUCUCGCAUCGGAUAACACAGAAGCGGCAAAUACCUUUGGCAUUGAUCCAUACACAGGCUGGAUAGCGACACUGGCUGAGCUGGACAAAGAAGUCCGCGGAGAAUUCAAGUUCCGUGUGAUUGCGACGGACAAUGGCAAUGUGAAACUGAAUGACUCAACAUUGGUGGUGAUCAAACUCAAAGACUACAACGACAACCCGCCGAUUUUCACGCAAGAUCACUACAAUUCCAGCGUGAGUGAGGACGCUCUGCCGGGCACUGUUGUGCUGCAAUUGUCAGUGACGGAUCUUGAUGUGGAUUUAGUCACUCCAAUUGAGUAUUACAUUUUCUCAGGGGACAAAAUGUCACAGUUCCAGAUCAGACGCACGGGAGAAUUGUACGUGGCGAAGGCUUUGGACAGAGAAACCAUAGAUUUCUACAAUCUUACAGUCCUCGUGACUGAUGGGAAGUUUACAGCCACUGCUAAUGUGUCCAUCACGAUUCUCGAUGUCAAUGAUAAUCCUCCGUAUUGCUUGAAAUUCCGAUACAAGAAGACCGUGGCUGAAGAUGUGGCGCCAAGCACGCAAUUGCUGAUUAUAGAAGCGUCCGAUGCGGAUCUGGAGAGCAACUCAAAGCUGAGGUACUUCCUCACGGGCCGCGGAGCUGAUGACCUCAGUCUGGACAAGGAUUCGGGUGUGCUUAAGAUUGCGCGACAGCUUGAUAGGGAGACAAUUUCGCGAUACAUUUUGGUGGCUCAUGUACAAGAUCGUGAUCACUUCGGCUGGGAGUGUUCGUCUCAAGUGGAGAUCACAGUUUCUGAUGUCAAUGACAAUGCACCCAGCUUCUCAUUGGCGAUCUACACUGUGUCCCUGCCUGAGGAUGCAGAGAUUGAGACACUGGUGACGAAGGUGCAUGCGACUGAUGUUGACGUGGGUGUAAAUCGCAAGAUUCGCUACUCGAUCCUUGACGAGGGAAAGGAGAAAUUCUUCAGAAUAGCGAGUGACAGUGGAAUUAUAACGCUAGCCAGUGGAUUGGACAGAGAAAUGCAGGAAGUGCACAAUGUCACGGUUAAGGCCACUGAUCAGGGUGUUCCUGAGCUCUUCUCGACAGCUCUGGUAAUCAUCAAUAUUCAGGACAUCAAUGAUAAUCCACCAGAGUUCACCACGAAGUACUUUACAGCCGCAAUUCCCGAGGACACUGUGCUGGGGGCGGAAGUGAUUGAGAUCGUGGCCACGAGCAGAGAUGUUGGGAUCAAUGCUGAGAUCAGUUACAGCUUCAUUGGUGGGAAUGAGCAGAAGCGCUUCCGCGUGGACAAUCGCACGGGGAUUGUGAGUGUGGUUGGUGAGUUGGACUACGAGAGGGCCAGAGAUUACUUCCUCACCAUCCAGGCGAUGGACGGUGGAGAGCCGCCAUUGAGCAGCUUGGCCACACUCAAUAUUACCAUCACGGACAGCAAUGACAACCCACCGCAAUUCACCCAAACGUCCUACACAGCGAGGAUCCGGGAAGAUGCUCUGGUUGGGGACAAGAUAAUUCAGGUGAAGGCAGUGGAUUUGGACUCUGAUGACAAUGGAAAGGUGGUGUAUGCCAUCGAGAAGGGCGACAGAUUGAAGCAAUUUGCCAUUGAACCGGAAACUGGAUACAUUUCUGUGGCUUCUGCACUUGAUAGAGAGUCAAUUUCAAAUUAUGUCCUGGAGAUUAGAGCUGCAGACUUAGGAAUUCCCUCUCUGACAAGCUAUGUGCUAGUGAAUGUGGAGAUUUCCGAUGCCAAUGACAAUCCACCGUUGUUCAGCGAGCUGAACUACACAGCGUAUAUUCAUGAAGAUAAGACUUUAGGGCAUGUUCUGUUGAGGUUCAACAUCACAGACGCGGACGCUGAGCCAAACACCGUGCCAUAUACAUUCGAUUUCAGAUCUGGGAAUGAGGGCGGUGUCUUCCGGCUGGAGCAGGACGGAAUCCUGCGCACUGCGGCGCGAUUCAAUCACAAAGUGAGGAAUAAGUACGAUCUGGAGAUCAGGGUGUUUGACAAUGGAACACCGCCUCUGUUCUCUGACACUCAUGUGACUGUUAAUGUGAUUGAGGAGUCUCAGUAUCCGCCCAUUAUCACACCACUAGAGGUGGCCAUCAAUUCGUUCAAGGAAUCCUAUCCAGGCGGAGAAAUCGGGAGAGUUCAUGCCACAGAUCAGGAUCAGUAUGACAGUCUUGUGUAUGGCUUGGCUCCAACUCUGGGCGUGUCUUACACUCCCACGAGUCUGUUCAACAUCUCAGCCGAGGGUGUCUUGUAUGCCCUGCCGGAUCUGGACUUGGGAGACUACAGGAUCAACGUGACAGUAUCUGAUGGGAAGUUCAUCGCGGCGACGAUUGUGAAAGUGUCGGUGGAUUUGGUGACAGAAGAGAUGCUGAGCAAUGCAGUUGUGUUGAGAUUCCGUAAGGUAAAACCGUCAGAUUUCCUUCUGAGUCACCGCAAAGGCUUCAUUAGAUCCAUUAGGAAUGCGAUAGGAUGUCGCAUUAAGGAUGUUAUGAUCAUCUCUGUUCAGUCAGCGUCAAUUGAAGCUGAUGAUGUAAACGUGAUCUCGCGGGAGAAGAACUUGAGGACUCGUCGGGAGGUGAAUGAGGAUCUUGAUGUUCUCUUCACUGUCCGGAGAUUCCCUCUUAUCGUCGGUGCUUCAACAUUCUACUCGGUGGAUGAGAUAACGAAGGUUAUGGAGGACAAUCUGGAGGAGAUUGAGGACAUCACGAGGCUGACCAUUGAGGAGAUUGUGAAAUCCACCUGCUCACCCGGAUUCUGUCACAAUGGCAAGUGCGAGGUCUCCAUCAGAGCCACAGAAGAUGCCACAUCCUCAGCCAUUUCCAUUGACAUCUCCAGCUUCGUGGCGCCGCACUAUCGACAAGUGAUUGAGUGCAGAUGCCGAGUGGGAUUCGGUGGAGAUCGCUGUGAGAACAGGGUGAAUGAGUGCGCUUCCAAUCUCUGUCCGAGUCACAAAGUGUGCAUUCCGGACGCCUCUUCGCAAGGCUACCAUUGCGCCUGUCCGGAAGGUUUUGCGGGCCCCAAUUGCGCCCGCGACGUGUCCAAGUGUGAGGAGGAAUCGUGCUACAGCACAGUGAAUCCAGUGUCGUUUUCAGGCAAGAGUUAUGCACAGUAUAAAGUGGAGAGAUUAACGGCCAAGACGUCGGUGGAGAACCAAUUGAUGCUCUCGCUGCAAGUGCGCACUGUCCAGCUCACAGGAUGCCUGAUGUUCGCCGCUGGACGAGUGGAUUACAACAUUCUGGAAGUGAGUGGAGGAUUUGUGCAGUAUCGGUUCGAUCUGGGCAGCGGUGAGGGAUUGGUGAGUGUGGCGAGUGUUUUCAUUGCCGAUGGUCAGUGGCAUGAGAUUCGCGUGGAGCGCGAGGGAAACAGCGUUCGGGUGUUGGUAGAUAAAUCGCACGUGGCGUCAGGAAGUGCUCCGGGUGUCAAUGGAGUGCUGAAUCUGCAGACAAAUGACGUAUACUUCGGGGCGGAAGUGCGCCAGCACGCCACGGUGCUUGGAUUUGAGGACAUCGAGAAGGGAUUCAUUGGCUGUCUGGAUGAUAUUCGACUGUCCAGGCAAUCAUUGCCGCUGCACCUCAACACGAACGACGAGGGAUCCAUUCUCACGCUCAGGAGAUUCGCCAAUGUUGAGUACUCCUGCGAUGCCACCACAGUCCUCAAGCCGCUGGGUAUUUGUGGCAGUCAGCCUUGUCUGAAUGGCGGCACGUGUCGCGAGUUCGAUGGGACUUUCGAGUGCCUGUGUCACGCUAGGUUCUCAGGGCCUUUGUGCGGCAGUGACCGCGAUCCCUGCGCCUCGUCGCCGUGUCUGUACGGCGGUCAGUGUCGUGAUCACGGCAGUGGGAACUACACUUGCAACUGCCCACCAAAGAUGACCGGCAAACGGUGUGACUUUGGCAGAUUCUGCGCCCCAAAUCCGUGCCGCAAUGGCGGUGUGUGCGAAGAGGGCGACUUCGGGCCGCUGUGCAUGUGCCGCGGCUACAUGGGACCAACGUGCGAAGUGGACGUGAACGAAUGCGAGAACCAACCUUGCGGAAGCGGAGCGACUUGCAUCAAUGAAGCAGGAAGCUUCAGAUGCAUCUGCCCUCCUUAUCUCACAGGUGCCAGUUGUGGAGAUCCUCUGUACUCAAAUCUACUAAAGUCCAUGAAACUGGACAAUAUUCCUUUUGAGGUGAUCCUCAUUGGUGGCGGAGUGUUUGGCGUGAUUGUUCUCUUUGCCAUUGUCGGGCUGAUUUGGUGCAUGGCCGCGAGGAAGAGGAAGAACCACCAAGCGCACAACAAUACUAACAACGUGCUGAAGAAUGAUCCUCUGGCGGUGGGCUACAAGAGAGGCUCGAAGAUGAGCAAUUUGGAACAGCAACAAGCGCCACGGCCCGUCUCCUACACGCCCACAUCCAAUCCGGACGCACCGUACGUGUGCAGCUUCAUGAACAACCUGGAGACGCUGCGGAACUACGGCUCUGCGGGAGAUGAGCUGGAGAACGUCGUGGAGGAGUACAGGAAACAGAGACCCACACAGCCAUUGCUGGUGAAUAUCAAUGCGGCUGGAGGCGAUGCUGAUGCUGGCAAGCAGUGGGAUCAGAUCCAUCUGCAAACCUUCUCGGAUGGCACAAGUCCCACCGGGAAGAUCAACAAUGACGUGAAGAUGCUGGAUCCGCACAUGAGGCUGGGAACGCUCAAGACUACGGGAAUCUUGCCGGGCAGGCUGGUGACGUCGCCACCGGAGGAGCAGCAAGGUCACGGCGCGUAUCACUGGGACUGCUCAGACUGGGUGCCACGGAGCCACAAUCCGCUGCCUAACAUCACAGAAGUGCCGGGCAGUGAGAUUCCCGACUCGUCGAGCUUCCACAGCAACGAGAGUAACGAGUCACAGCCAAAGAUGGUGCCGCAAAUGACUUGCGUCGUGGAUCCGGCGCGGGAUAUUGAGACGCUGAAUGAAGAUCUGGAGUCGGAUGUGGUGACGGAUUAUGGGAAUGGUGAGGAAGAUCCAAUGGCGAGUCUCACUGCGCUCAAUCCACUUGACAGUGGCAGUGAGGAUUAUCGAUUCAGUACAGUGCCUUUAACAAUAAAUCCGAAAGCUGAGAGCUACUUGCGGCACCCCAACAGCUACUUGCCCAGGUACAACAUUCAGAGCGACACGGACGGCGAACGGGCGUCGCUGAUGGCCAACGGCGGCGCGCCCAGUGUUAGCAUUGUGGAGUCCGACGAGGAGGCGGCCGAAGAGGAUUCCAUUCCGUCGUACGGCUUCCCGGUGUCGGUGAAGGCGCGCCGGCGGAAUCGACUGGAGGCGCGCGACAUGGAGAUGGCAAUGCGCGGCCAGGAGGACACGCUGUUGCACCGCGGCUCCAACAGCGACUUGUCCGUGCACCUCUGCGAAAUAGAGGACAGUGAGUACGAGGGCGAGUCCAGCGCACUGGCCAAGAUAAUGCAACAGACAUCGGUUUAGGGAAAAAAAACAAACAAACAAACACACCAAGUAGAGACAAAACAGUGAGAGUGUGUCUUUUUCUGUGAAAGAGAUUCCUUUUUUUGUUUAGAGGGAGAGUCUAAGCUCCUCGGAAAAAGCUACUGUGUGACAAACUAAUAUCACCCGUCCUCUGUGAAAUCCAUCUAUUGUUGCUUCUUUCAAGAGAGACGCGCUUCUCUGUCUCUCUCUUCCCUGAGCUUUUUAAACUUAUAUACAUGUGUGCGUUUCUUUUUGCCCGCCAUUCAAUUCUGGAGGAAAGAUUUUGCGAGAGUGAUAAGAGAGAAUAAUGGAGAAGGCAAGAGAUUUCCUCCGCUUUGCAUUUAAAUUGGCAAGAGAAAAAGUCAGAGCGAGCAGAGGAAGUGAGAUUAAAAGUGCAGCAUCACACAAAAAGUAAUUCUUCUGCACAAUUUUAUCAUGACAUUUUCCUCUUUUUAUAUAGUGACAGAAGAAAAUCCAUUACAGAAUAUUGUGGCGCAAAGAGGUGUGAAACAGGGAAAUUUCUAUCACACAUCAUAAUGCAUAUUAAAAUUGAAAGUGAAAAAAAAAAUGAUGAACGAAAAAACCUCUGAAUUGUCAGAUGAAAGGAAAAGUAUGAACUGAAAAAAAUUGUGGCAUUUAAGCUUAUAAUGUGAUAAAAAAGACAUUGAGAAAAUAAUGUUCGCUUCGUAAUGAAGAGAGCAAUUGCGGCGCAUUGAACAAAAAUGGCAUUUUCCACUUUGACAUGCAGAAAAUAUCUUUUCACGCAAGUAAAUUUAUUUUUUGCACCCAGAGAAAAAAAAGUCGCAGGCCAUUUUCCCUGGUAUUUAUAAUUAAAACUGCAGUUUGACAGUUAGUGAUGCAAUUUUUAUGCGCACUUUUAAUGAUAAGAGAUCAUCUCUUAUUUCAUAGGCAUCUCGAAAGGCAACUAAUCAUUUAUUAUUUUAACUUAUAUAAAUUUACUCUGUUUGUAUUAAAUUAUUUUUUAAUUGCAACACAUUUUUAUACUUUGCGCAAUAUUUAUUUAGAGAAGAAGAAGAAGAAGAAAAACUAAUCGAAAUAUUCACACAUUUUUUUUUAGCUUAUUAAUAUAGGGGAAAAAAAAUUAUGAUUUUUCCCAGUGACUCAAACAUCAUGAAAACAUUCGAGUUAUAAAAUAAUGUAAAACGCCACAUUAAUUAUACGACUUUCACCCACUUUUUUAUAUUAAGAAAUUCUAUCGCGAUUGUAUUGUUGUGUUAAGAUGAAAGGAAAAGUUGGAUGAAAAAAUCUAUGAAAUGUAAAUAGAUUGAGAGAUAAAAAAACCUUUGAAAGAAAUGCAAACACACUUCGGUAAGGGCAAAAUAUACACCUAUUUUUAUAUAAUCAAAGUACUUUUUUAAGAAAAACAAAUUCACUCAUCUUCAUAACAAAAGAAGAAGAAAAAAAUCGUUCACAAACUCAUAUAAAACUUCCCAUUUUAUUUGUCAUUAUUAGUGUAUUAAGUGAAGGAGGAGAAAAAAAAUACAAGGUAAUUUUUUGUGAAUAAAAUCUGAUUCAUUUUUCCUUUUUAUAUAUAUACAGAAACUGUCUCUUGAGUUAAGAAUAAUGAAAACGAGAUGAAAAAAUAAAAAAAACCAGAAGCAAAUGUAGCGUUGAACAAAUCACUUAGAGAGGUAUAAAAGGAUUUAUUAGAUAAAUGCAGAUGAAUUAAUAAAUUGUAUUAUAAAAGAAAGAAAAAAAAAACGGUGGACACGAUGAAGUGGAAGCGAGAAUAUGUGAGAAGAUUCACAAAUAUGUAUACAUUUUAGUAUAAGAGAAAAUAAAUGAUGAAAUGUGAGGCCAUAAGAGAGA